AGACGAGGCAUCCAGCCGGAGAUGAUCGCCGUUCGCUGAUGCAAAAAAGCCUACGAUGAACCAAACAACACUAAGCAUCGGCGGCGGCGGCUCUGACCGCAUAUCGGCGUUACCCGACGAGAUCAUUCACCAAAUUCUGCGACUCCUACCAUCACUGAAAGAAGCCGCCAAAGCCGCCGUCCUUUCCAAACGAUGGGGCCUUCUCUGGCGCUCCUACCCAGUUUUGCAAUUCGACAAUCGCACUGCAAGCGACUCCUCAAAAUCGCUGCUUGACGAAUUCGCCGCCGCCGCCUCCACAAAAUUCAAUUCCCAGCCGGACCUGAAAGUGGAAGCCGUGAGGAUCCACAUGGUGUGGAAGAUGGCCGAGGAUGCGUCCAUCUACCGCUUCGUCGUCGCCAUGUUGAAAUUGGUGGCGAACAGGGAACCAGAAGAGGUCGACAUCCAAAGCGUCGGGUACCCACCGAUCCCGGCUCGAUUAAUCAACCACCGCCGCCUCAAAAUUCUCAACCUCCGCUGCUUUCAGCUCUUCUGGCAACCCGCCGACACCACGACGAUGAUCAAUCUCCGGGUGCUCUGCCUCGCCGACUUCAGCUUCUACGACGACGGCCGGCUUCUGAAUGCCGUCAUCGCCAGUGCCCCUCUGUUGGAGACGCUGACCCUGUCCGGCCCAUGGAUAGGAGGGGAUGAAAAAAUUAGGGUUCUUCAGAUCUGCAACCAUCCCAAUCUCAAAACCCUAAAACUUUCUGGGGUUCCUGUUAAGGAUUCGAUUCAGAUUUCAGGGGCUCCUUCUCUGCAAACCUUGACAUUGAAGAACUCCGUCUCUGGAGCCCUCGAUAUCUCUCUCCCACUGCCAAAUCUCGAAUCGCUCGAAAUCGAAGCCGGUCUGGAUGCUUCCGGUUUGACAGAGGACGUUCUCAAUGACUUGAUCGCCGGAUCCCCGUCUCUACAGUCACUGAAAUUGGACUUCUUUGGAAACGCAGGAGGCAAUUUACUCAAUGUUGUGAAUCCUAACCUUCAGUGGCUGUGGCUACGGGAUCGAGCGAAGGGUUUGGAUGCUCCAGGAAGGGUGAUUCGGUUCGAUGCUCCGAAAUUGGUUGAUUUCGACUAUGGCGGGAGUAUGGAUUCCCUGCCUGCAAUUAGUUAUGCUCAAAGCCCUGUUGCAGCUCAGCUAUGUGAAGUUCUUUUAGCAAUGGGAUCGAAAGUUAGUAUUACAAUCGAAAAGUUCAGGGAUUUGAAUUUCUUCUUUGCCAAGCUAAUCCCCCACUUCCCCUGCAUUCGACUCUGGUUCUUUCUCAUAUAUUCAACUGAGGGUUCCUUUGAUUGGGAUCAAGUUGAAGAUGACUUGCCUGCUGUACCAAUCUAUGAUAUCGCAUUUCGCCGUGGAUUUUCGAAUUAUGACGAGGUAGAUGCUGCUUUAAUGGAAGGUUUACUGUGGAGUUGUCAUCCUAAGUAUUUAUGUAUAGACGAAGAUCCUAACAACAAAUCGAUGCAUUGUCCGUCUCUCGAGUACCUAUGCAAGUUUUUUACUGAAAUAACCUUUGACCGGUGUCGUCAAACGGCUUGCAAGUGUUGGCGCCACGAAUUAAAAGAUGUCAAGAUCGUAAGCAAAAAAGAUGAUGAUGGUGGUGAUGAUGAUGAGCUUGCAGACAUUUCCAUUGAUUCUCCUUCGUCUCUUGGCAACCAAAAACGAGUUACAUUUAGAUUAAAUUGGUGCUAAAAAGUACAAAUGCAUUGGUGUUUGUGGGUGAUGGCUAUUUUUAUGAAAUUAGAUGCUUCAUAACUAUUUUCCUCGGUUUAGUGUAUGGUGUGUUGGUCCUACUAAUGAUAGGAUUGUCCAUUCAGUGACAAAGAAACUCUUUCUCAAUUUUCUAUCUUUAUUAUAUUGGUGAAAUCAUUUAUUGUUGGUAUAUAAAAAGAUGAGUUUCAU